UUAAUAUUCUUGUAAGAAUUAAAAAGGAAUAUACUUGGCUGCUCUAAAUCUUGUUCGUCCAUACGACUUGGAAAAAAUCCUCAGGUGCCAUCGGAUAUCCUUCCUAGGCACUGGUCUUACGUCAGAUGAGAUACCAUAACAAAUUGUAAAAGGCAAAAAAUAAAAACAAACAUAGAAAAGAAAAAAGAAACAAAGGAAUAUUCCCAGCUAAAUGCUCCACCAUAACCACUCAAACGCUCACUUUAAAUUCGAUUCUCUCACCUUUUCACUUCUCACUCGUCACUAAACACACUCAUCUAUGGCGAUCUUCACUAAAACAAAACGUGUCACGGACCCACUAGACGAAGAAGCCAAGGCUCGGAUCUUCAGCAACCACAGCAGCACACUAGAAGACCAAGACUCUCCCGAAAUCUGCGAACUCGAGUUUCUAGAAGAUGGUCUCGAAGACAAAUCACAAACACUCUACGACUCUGACUCGGACUUGUCUGAAAAUUCCGCAACGGAACGUUCCAGUGAAGAAGCUAGUGAGAAAAUCUUAAAAAUGGCCUUGACCUUCUCCGACUAUGAUCCUUACCAAAACAUAUUGCUAGCUCACGUUUCGAGAGCAGCGGAAGCAUAUUCCGCUUUCAGAUCCAAGCGGAAACAUGUUUUCAAAGACAAGGUAGCAUCGUUUCUACGAGAGCUCGGACACAACGCCGCCGUUUGCGUUUCGAAAUGGAACUCGUCAUCUAAACUCACCGCCGGGAGUUACGACUUCAUCGACGUGGUUUACAAACCCCCUGGUGAUAAGACAUCAGUUCGUUACUUUGUCGAUCUAGACUUUGCUUCUGAGUUCGAGAUCGCGAGGCCCACACCCCAAUACGCGCGUGUGUUGCAGUUGCUGCCUCGUGUUUUUGUUGGGAAGGAAGAGAAUCUUAGGACGGUUGUGAGAGAGGCCUGCGACGCGGCGAAGAGGUCGAUGAAGAGCCGUGGCUUGUCUCUCCCACCGUGGCGGAGAUUCUCUUACUUGCAACACAAGUGGUUCGGUCCGUGCACGAGAAGGGUUGGAUCUGGUUUGGAAGUGACGCCGUUGAAUAAAGACGCCGUUAGCUGUCGUUCUGUGGGGUUUGAUGACGCCGUCAAUGGGCGUUUGUUCAUCAGGACGUGAUCCGCAUCCAUGCAGCAUGUACUAGUAUUAAAUGAAUAGUUAAGUAGGGACUACACUUUUUUUCCAAUGGAUUUUAAGGAGACUAAAAUAUUAAUUAGCAUCUUAAAAUUAAGGCCACGAUGUCAAAGUUAACGUUCUACCACUGGGUUAAUUUGAAUUAAUAGCCAUAUGCUUGUAUUUUAACAACUUAUUAGUUUUAGAUCCGCGCCUUGCGGAUAAUUAACAUUUUAGAUAUAUAAAUUAUUUUUACAUAUUAUUUUUUAUUUAAUUUUUUACAUAUUGUUAAACAAAUUAAUAAAUAUAUAUAGAAUAAUUAAAAAACUAUUAACUGUUAUAUACAAUUAAAUUGACACAAAUACAUAAAUUAAAGAAAUCAUUUUUGUUUAUUUACAACCAUUUUUGUUAAAUAAAUUUAAAUAAUUAUUUUCCCUAUUCUAUAUGGUAUGUGAUUAAAUUUAAAUAAUAUUAAUAUAUAUAUAGUAUAUUUUUAAUAUGACUAUCUAUUAAAUGAAACUUCCUAGUAUAUUUAAAUCAUUUGUAUUUUUUUUAAAUUAAACCAUUAAUAACAAAACUUAUAGUGUGUGACCUUCAUGUAUUUUUAAUAAUUUAUAAUAUUUCUUGAAAAUUCAAUGAAAUUUUUGAAAUUACAAUAUUAAGUUUUCAAUAGUUGGUCAGCGAAAUUUUUUAAAUUAAAAUAUUUAUGUAUUUUUAUAUGGUGUAUAGUUUUAUAUAUAUAUAUAUAUAUAUAUAUAUAUAUAUAUAUUAAUCUGAAUAUCUAUGGUUUUAUGAUCAUUUGUAUCUUAUUAUAACACAAAAUUUAAACAAUUGAUCAAAAUAUUCAGUGGGAAACAUUUAACAGUUUUUCGUAAUUUAUAGUCGUUUUUAAAAUUAAAAAUAUAAUAUAUACAAAAAACUUAAACUUUUAUUAUAUGAUUAAUGUGAUUGUUUAAUUUUUUUUGGGAAACUACAUUAUAUUAGAUAGAAAGCUUGACAAGUAUGGAAACUACAUUAUUGAUGUGAAACUAGGACUUCUCUUCAAGUUAGCUUAUAUGCAAUUUCAUUACAAAUGAAAUUCCUAUGUAUAAUAAUUUGAUUGCCAUUGACAAACUGUAUGUAUGUACAUAGAUAAAAAGCAGGACAAUGGGAAGAUCUUUGUACAGAAUCUAAUUAAUAACUACUAGGAUUGCGAACCCCCGCGGUCCGCGGGGGAGAAAGAUGUUUUACCGCAAAAAAAUGAUGUUAAAAUUUAAAUGUAAAAUUAAAAUUUUAGUUUGCAACAAUCAACCGGUUGAAAUGUUAAUAAUCAAUUAUUGCAAUGUUAACUAUUAAAAAUUACAGUGGAACAUUUAAAAGUUGUGAAUAUUUUUAUAAAAAUUAAAUAUUUCUUUUAAAUAAUUGAAAAUAUUCAUCUACACAAUUACAAUUGUUUACUUAAAGCCAUUGUUAUAAUAAUUCACUUGAAUAUUCAAAAACAUUAUAGAUUCUCCAAAAUUGACCAAUCUUUCAUUUUCUCCACAUGUUAUUUUUUUCCAAAUUUAUUUUGUUGAAAAUUGAAUGAAGUCUAAUUUUGUACUACUGAAAAAUAUUUAUUUAUCUCUAACAAUCUAAUAAAUACUUUUAAAUAAGAUUAUGUAUUGAAAUAUAGGGUAAAAAUAAAAUACUAAAAUGUCUUUUUCUUUAAACCAGUGAUUAUAAAAUAUAAAAUUCAUAAUAAGUAUAGUAAAAGCCCACAUUUUAAAAGUAUUAUAUUUGAAUUAUUUGAUUACAUACGAUAUUAUGAAAACAAUUCAUAUGUAUAAAGCGUAUCUAUUGAGAUUUUACAUAAAUAAAAACAUGGUGUAACAUUAUUCAUCACACGAAAUUAAAUCAAAUAUUUUUUCUAUUUAUUUAAUAAUGAUAUUAACUUAAUAUUUUUCAUUAAAUUAAAAAUUUAAUUAAAAUACUUGUAUAAAUUUUUAAUUUAUAAUACAUAUAAGAAUUAACUAAAAAAUAAAUAAAUAAGUAUAUAAAUUAUUUUAAACAAAAAUAUUUAUAUAUAACUAAUGUAAUACACACGAACACAAAAUUUAAUUUUUUGAUUGGAGAUAAUAAUUAAAGUAUAUUAGUAAAAUACCAAAUUUAAUAUUAUUUAUAAUAUUAAAACUGAAGUACAUUUUGAUAUUGUUUGGAAAGAUGUAUAAAUAAAACCUGUUUGAAAAUAUGGAUAAUAGAUUAAGUACUUUAUUUCAUUUACACAUUUAGCCAUUGCAUUUAUAAAAAGAUAACUACUUCUUUUUGUAUUUCUUUUUAUUUAUAGAUUUUGUCACUACAUUUAAAAUCAAUUUAAAUUAGUUAAUUACAAUGGUUUUUGUUUAUUUAUGGUGAAAAUAAAAAUACUCACUGAAAUAUAUAGUAUAUAUUAUAUAAUUUUUUUUAAAUAUAGUAUUACCUUAUUUAGUUUAUUCAAAUACAAAAAUUUAGAGAGUUCAAUUUUCAAGAAAAUAAAAUAUCAUAAAAUUAAUAAUAAUUCAUAGAAAACUAAUGCAAAAAAUUAAAUUUUUUAGUAUGUUGUAUUAUUUUAAAAUAAAUUAACA